AUGAGUUUGUAUUCCGGAGACGCGAACUUUUUACUAGAAGUCGCAAAUAAAUAUCCGGAAGCAGCUUCAUUUUUUAAUAGGUUUUCCAAAAAGGACUUAUUUUCGCUAAAUUGGAAGCAAACGAAGGAGAUAUUAGAUCAAUUAAAACCAAUUCCUGAUGCUUUAGUUACAAUUAUACCAGAAUUAGGAAUGACAAUUCUUGCAAAAUAUAUUGCAAUUACGUUUUGUUCAUUCUUUCCCGAAGAAUUGUUUCAAAUUUACUUAUUAAUACUAGACAAACUUCCUUCUCAAGAUUUAGACUUAAUCAUACCAUUACUAGUCUCUAGGCUUUCUAUUCCACAAAGAAAAGCAGCAAUUUUCAAAUUACCGGAUUGCGGAGCAACCUUUAUGUUCUUAGGAUCAUUAAUACACUCCGAAGAUCUAUUUAUUACAGCAUUCCAAAGGAUAUUUUCAUCAAUUCAUUUAAUUCCUCAAACUCUACAACAAUAUUUAAUUUCACAACUCCGGAAAACAAUCGAAAAUGGUGUGGGACGAUCACAUAUUACAGAAAUAAUUGAAAUUGCAACACAUUACAAAACAACAUCUACGAAGAAACAAAGUAAUAAAAUAUUUUCAAAUGAUUAUGAGUCUUCUUCAUCAUUAGACAUCAUACUUACAAUAAUAUGCGAUUACUAUCCACAUUCACUAGUAAAAACAGAUCCAAAAAGCCUUCAAACUGCUUUACAACAAGUUUUUAAAUUAAAAAACAUUCCAUUAUCCGCACUUAAGUUAGUCUUACUUACAAACUCACAAGUACCACUUACAUUCAAACAUAUUUACAAUCUUUCGCAAAAAUCUCCAAAUUUAGUUUUUGAUUAUUUAUCUCGGCUUACAGAAUCAGAUGGCAUCAGCGCAUGGUACCAAAUACUUUCUAAGAUAUCAAUGAUGGAAGUAAACAUCCAAACAAGGGAAUUUUUGAUAAAUUGUUACGAAUAUUAUUUAAUUGCUUGUCAUAACAAUCCGAUUUACAUUUCAGCAAUACAGUCAUCAGGAACAAUGGAAUGGUUCAUCGAAGUCAUUGGAAAAAUGACUGAUUCUAUGUAUCACAUUACAAUUUUUUCUUUGUUUUUAUUGUUAUUUCGAAGUUUUGGACAAACAGCGAAAUUUAUUUCGAGUUACAACGAAUUUCAAGUGGAAUUCGAGUCUUCUCUACAAAGAAUCAACAACAAAAUACUUUAUUACGAUGCCGUUCUUUGGAUAUUAGAUGAAAAAAGAAGUUGUCCAUUCAAAAAUUUUUUGAAUUCUGAAGAAUUGGAAAAAAUCAAAUUUCCUCCACCUUCUUCUCCUUUUGUUUUUGAGUUUAUUCCAAUAGUAUUAACUACUCUGAUGAAAAUAGCUGUUGCAGAUUCAACUCCUAAGAAUAUUCCUCAAUCCCCAACAACUUUGAGAAUGAAUUUGGGACUGGAAAGGACACAUUCGCAAGUAAAAUUAUUAUUGGAUGUAACUGAUGAUGAAGAUAAAAGUGAUAAUGAAAAAAGUGACACACCAUUGAAAUUAACCAAUGAAAUUUCAAAUGAAAUAACAAAUGAAGGAAAAGAUGAAAUAGAAAAUAUGUCAAUUAUUUGUCCAGUAGAAUUGAAUACUAUUCAAAUAAAACCGUUAUUAUCGUUCUUCCUAGAAAAUCUUAUUCCUAUGUAUGAGAACGAUUCCACAUCAUUUCUUAUUCAUUCCUUGAGUAGUUCACAAGUUUUGUUGCCAUUAUUACCUUUGGCGGAGAAAAAUGAUCUUUGUUUUCAAUUUUUGACGAGAAGUUUGGCAUUAUCUUGUCCAUUUCCUGUUUUCGCAGCUUUCUAUGAACAGAUAUCGUAUGAUUUCAAGAAAAUUUUGGAGUUUUUGGCAAGCUUGGCCGAAUACUCUCAAUUAGUAACGGAUUUUCUUUACAUCACUUCACCUAUACCUUUAGCGACAACUGUUCCAUGCAAUACUAUUUGUUUGUGGGUCAGACCAUUGAGUGAAUCGAAUAUCUUGACAAUAACAACGAAAUUUAAUGAUUUGACACUAAGAUUAAGUUCAGAAAAUUUAUCUGUUGUUUCACAAAACGCGAAACUAAAAUUGCCACAAAAAAUUGGAGGUUGGAUAAUGAUUUCUGCUAUUUUCUUGGGAAAUACAAUAAGUAUAACAGCAAAUACAUCACUUCUUAAAUUAACUUAUCAAUAUGAUGUUGGAAGUUUUCAAAAUUUCACUUUGGGAAAUAACAUUUCUCAUUUCGACCUCCAAAGUGUCAGAGUUUUCAAAAAUUCUUUGUCUGAUGAUGACAUUUUACAUUUAUUCUCUUUGGGACCAAAUUACAUGGAGUUCGUCCAUCAUAACUUGAACCAAAUGGAAUUUAAAGAAACUCCGCAGUUUAUUACCAAAAACGGUUAUGUAUCGUCACUUUACUUACCAUUUUUGUCACUUUUUGAAGGAAAAUCCUUUGAAUCCAAUUGUCUUUCGCUUUUAGAACUGAGUUUGAGUCCACCAUUUAAGAUGGUAAGACAUUUAGCUAGAGGUCCACAAAAAGCAGCGAUGGCAAUAACUGUUGAUAGAAGGAGAAGCUAUUCUUUCAUGAAUUGCCUUCAAUGCCAUGGUGGUUUACAUUUGUUGAUUCAUUUCUGCGGAGAAAUAAUUCUCAAGAAACCAGAAUUAUCUAAUUUGUUAUGGAAACUGUUCAACAAAUUGUUUAACACUAGACCUGAUGUCUACAAGUUCUUUGAACAGAAAAACGCGUUUAGUUUAGUUGGACAUCUUCUUUGGUCAGGAAACAUAAAACUCGAUGAAGUUUUGGAUUUAACGAUGAAGAAAUACAAGGAUGAAUUCAUAUUAACGAAUCCUUUGAGCUUAAGAGAAUGGAUAUUCGAAGGAUUACUCUUCCAUUCUGAAAGUCAUAAUGGUUUGUCGAAUAUUAUUGAAUCAAUGAAGAAUCCAAGAAAUUUCAAGAUUUUGAAAGAAAAGAAAACAUUUGACAAAAUCAUAAAUAUUCUCUGUUCAUCGUGCAAACACUCAAAGGAAUAUUUGGACUUACUUGGUAAGUUCGCUGUCGGUUUAACUGAACCACAAACUGCUCAGGAAUACGGCCAAUUAGUUUUUGACAGAUUAAUUCUUUAUCACCUCACUUUUGACAAAAACAGCAAUGAGAGUAAGAUGCUUUCUAUCAGAUCCACUGAGAAAUUGCACAAAAUGACUGGAUUGACCAUUCAGCCAAUCACAACUGUUUCUUUAAUCAAAGUUUUAUCCCAAAUUUUGACAAAAUAUCCUGAAGUCAAACUUGAUUUGGAGUUAUUACUUCCUGGUGUUGUUACUUCGCCUCCUAUUGUACAAGUAACAUUAGUCACCACACUGAUAAAGCAUCUUUCAAGUGGAUAUUUGCAAUUAUUAGGCCACAUUUUGAAAAUUUUGAAACACAUUGAAAAAAUUGAAGAAGAAAUUUUCAAUUUUUUGAAUGGUUUACAAAAUAUUUCAUUUGUUCAGUUGACAACAUGUUUCUUUUCCAUUUUAUUGCAUAAAGAGACAUCAUCACAUCUUGACCAAUUAUGUUUAUUCGCCACAGAGAAAACGUAUUGCGAAACAACAAAUGAUUUAGUCAUCGCAAUGAACCAAAUUUUGGAUGUAAUAAGAUUCACAGAAUUGUCAAAUGACGGUUUGCCACUUUUUGACAAUUCACCUCCCUCAUUAAUGAACUUCAUGAGUUUAUUGUUAGACCAAGUUAUUAUCCUUAAUUCUCCUGAUUUAUUGUUUAAGUUUUUCUUGAGUUUGUUUUCAAUUCCUGGAGUUGCCCUUUAUCGUCUUGCAACGGUUUGUUUUACGACAAUGACUUCACUUUUGAAUACCAUCAAUAAGAGGAAUCAAUGUAAAUUGCAAUCAGUAAAUCAGGCUAUUGUCCACAUCACGACAAUUUCGAGUUUUCUCAUUCACAAGUUGAGAUUAACUCCUGGAGCGAUUAAUCCAUUUAUUUUGAAUUUAAUUGAGUCAUUUAUAAGUAGUUUAACAACUGUUCUUGUUUCUGCACAGAACACAGACUUAACCAGUAGAUUGGUAAACUUCUUGGCCGAUUUAUUCCACGUUGAUGUUCCUCAACAAAUGAUUGCAAAAAUUAAACAAAAUUUGUCACUUUUAUCCAAAGCAUCCAAAGCGAAAAGAUAUUCAGAAAUGAUGGACAGAAUGGACGAACCGAGUAACUUAACACCGAACAAAUUUAUCAUUCCUUUCCAAGACGAUUUGGACAAACUCCAAGGGAAAUGGCUGAAAAAAGAUGACAUUGAUAUGAUUGCUUUGUUUUCAAUAAGUUGCAAAUCAAUUCACCAUCAAACACAAGCAGCUGUUAAACUAAAUAUUGAUGACAAUGAUGGUGACAAUGUCAUUGAUUUGUGGCAUGAAACAUUCCAUAUUUUGCAAUUCCCUGGUUCCCAAAUUUUCAACAAAUGUCCAACGAAAUGGAUGGUUUCUGACAGAUCUUUGAAUUUCCAACAGAGAUCAAUUUUGAUUCCAAUGAAUCCUUCAAUUGAUAAACCAUAUAUUCAACAUUGGGAAGCAAAGUACGGAUCAGAUCCAAUCCCUGAAGUUCGAUUAACACUCAAAGAUGUAUUGAAAUACACUCCUGUUUCAUUACAUAUGGCAAACGAUGUCGAGUUCUCAAGUCACGCAUUGAGAUUGAGUGGUAUUUCAAAUAUUGAUGGUGUUUUAAUCGUUUCUCACAAAACAUUGAGGUUUUAUCAAAGAGUUAAACAGACAUCUCAGACUUGUGAUGUUGUUUUAACAAUACAGAUCUCAAAGAUUGUUUCCAUCAGACUUAAAACAUUCAGACACCAACAGACAGGUGUUGAAAUUGCCUGCAAAGAUGCAACUUGUUACAUUUUCGCUUUUGACACUGCGAAUUUGAGAGAAAUUUUCGUUGAUGUAAUGGAAAAUCGACAGAUUUCCAUAAUCAAGAAUCUCAAUAAGAAAGAUUUGGAUUUGACAACGAAACAUUGGGUAGAAGGACAAAUCUCCAACUUCGAUUAUCUCUUGUAUUUGAAUUCAGUAAGUGGAAGAUCAUGGUAUGAUUUCACUCAAUAUCCAAUUUUCCCAUGGGUAAUUAAAAACUACAAAACAUCCGAAAUUGAUUUGAAUGAUUCUUCAAAUUACAGAGAUUUCACAUAUCCUAUCUUUGCACAAACGAAUGAACAGAAAGAGCAGUGCAUUUCAUAUUAUAAUACAACAGCUUCUCUUUCAAAUGAACCUCAUUGCACUCCAAACUACAUUUCCAAUGUCGGAUCAACGAUUUAUUUCCUUGUAAGAGCUGAACCAUUCACUGAUGAAGAGAUUUCAUUCCAGAAUGGAUCAUUGGAUGCUGCUGACAGGACAUUCCAAUCAUUCGACAUUGCUUAUCAGUUGAUGACAGCUCCUGGAAACAAAAACGCUUUGGAAUUAGUUCCUGAAUUCUAUUUCAAUCCUGAAUUACUUAAAAACAUCAACAAAAUAGAAUUCCCUUAUUCACCAAUUACGGGAAGAACUGUUGAUGAUGUUGUUUUACCAGAUUGGGCUUUGUCACACAGAGAAUUUGUUCAAAUCAUGAGAAAAGCUUUGGAAUCAAGUUUUGUUUCAUCAUGUUUGAAUGAAUGGAUUGAUUUAGUUUGGGGAUUCAGAAGAAAAGGCGAAAAUGCGUUAGAAAGAUGCAAUGUUUUCCAAUCAACUGUUUAUCAAUUCGAUCCACGCGAUGUAAUUGGAGACAGAGUUCUUUAUAAGGCAUUAAGUGGCCAGAUUCAUAAUUGCGGACAAGCAGCACAACAACUGUUUGAUAAACCACAUCCAAAGAGAAAUGAUUCAAAUCAAGAUCUUAAAGGUGAAUUAAUUUUCCAUUCUUUGAGAAAACCAAUCGCCUCUGAACGAAAUCUUCUUCAGUUUUCGUUGAAUUCCGAUCGAUGGAUACCAAUUGUAAGUGACAAAACACAAUUUAAAGCAUUUAGAUUGGUAAAUGGAUCGAUUGAAGCGAAUAAGAAUGGUCAAGUUUCACCUGCAAUUUCUUUCUCAGAUGAUAUAGCUGCAACAUGUUUCGAUGUCAUGGGAACGACAGUUGUAACAGGACACGCAAUGCCUGUUAUAAAUCUUUGGAAAGUCAGAGACACAAUUGAUUUGUUUUUGACAAUUCGCGGCCAUUUAGUUCCUAUUUCUGCUGUUUCUAUUUUCGGACAACCAUGGUCGAUGUUGGCUUCUGGACAUGAAGAUGGUUGUGUCUCUUUGUUUUCAAUGUGUCCGACGAGGUUUUUGAGAGUUCUUAGAGGAAACAACAGAAUUAGAGUGAGUUUUAUAAGAGUUUGCAUUGCUAAUGGAGAUAUCAUCGUUUGCCAAUCGAAAGAAGGUGAAUCAAUUGUAACUUUAUGGUCUGUCAAUGGAGAAUUUGUUAAUAGAAUUACUUUGGAAUCGCAAUUAUUAGAUUGCGUUUGUACAACUUUCGUACAGGGCGUCAGACACAAUUUUAUUUUUGUUUUAGGUUCAGAUUCAAUCAUUUACGUGUUUAAAGAAGAUGAUUUAAUGUUAAUCGGCACUUUUAAGCUGAAUCAUCCAAAUCCUGUAUCAAUGUUCUUAGAAAAGGACAAAAACGUUUUGUUUAUUACUCAUUCAGACGGAUUUUUAUCUUGCUGGAAGAUUGUUUAA